AGGCAGCAGACAGCGACAAUCCAAGUUCCAAUCCAAGUUCCAACUUCCAACAAUACCUUGUUAAAUACAGAAGCAGUAAGCACAGCUGACUAGUUGAAUGCAAUGUACCUUCACAAAGACUAAUCUUUAAGAGUCAAAUAAAUAAGGUUCAUAUUAGUAUAUUUCUCUCUAAAAUUUUUUGUGAACACGCGUUGACUGAAUUUCGUGGUACAAACUAAAAAAAGUGUAAAUGUGAAUCUACUUCAGGGUUAUUUGUAACAAUUGUUUAAUAGUUCUUGUUCCUUUUAUUUCGCCGCUCUAAACUAAAUUGUACUUUGGACUGUAAUCUGUAAUGUCUUGCCACUGAUAAAUUUAUAAUUUGCUGUAUUCGAUAUAUUUAUUAAUUAGUCCGAUAAAUUGAACAGUGGGUAUCUACAUAACAAUGGCUUUCAGACGAUUAGUGACUUUGAAUAUAAAAAACGAACUUCAUACUUUCCAUAAACUUCAGAAUAGGCCUUCAAAUUUGAUGAUUAUGGUUUCUACGGUUCACACUCGGAGCAUUUCUUCUUUGGAGAUAACAAAAAAUCUCUCAUUACUCAGUAAGGAAAAGAAGAGUAAUAAAGUGAUAAAUUUGAAAUUGGAGAAACCUGAAGGCAAGCCCUUAGUUGUAAUGUUAUCCUGGCUAAUGGCCAGAAGAAAACAUAUUUAUAAAUAUGCUGAUUUGUAUUUGCAACAUGAUUUUGAUGUUUUGAAUGUUAGUAUAAGUCCCUGGCAAUUGCUGUGGCCUACCAAAGGAACUCAAAUGGUAGCAAAGGACGUGCUAAAAUUUUUGGAUAUCAACACGAAAUAUGGUCCACUAAUCCUACACGGAUUCUCUGUUGGCGGUUAUCUUUGGGGUGAAGUUUUGGUAAACAUUGCCGCUGAAAGGGAUCGCUACGCUCACGUCGUGGACCGUAUAGCAGGUCAGGUCUGGGACAGCGCCGCUGAUAUUACCGAAAUUUCUGUCGGUCUCCCCAUUGCUGUAUUCCCAAGGAACAAGGUUAUGCAAGCCGCUCUCAGACAAUAUGUUGUGUAUCACUUAAAAGCAUUCGAUAAGGUAGCAACAAGGCACUACGUGAGGUCCAGUCAGAUGUUCCACACUAAUCUAGUGAGAGCGCCAGCUCAGUUUUUCUUGAGUAAAACUGAUCCUAUUGGUGCUGUGAAAUCCAACCAGAGGGCGAAGGAAAGUUGGGAAAGCAUGGGAAUUCAGGUAUACUGGAAGUGUUGGGACAGGUCGCCGCAUGUGGGCCACUUCCGUUCUCACCAAAAAGAAUACAUCUCCACUUUGAAUGCGUUUUUAGAAAACACCAACAUUUUGAGCGAGAAAAUUACAAAAAAAGUCAAGGCAAAGCUAUAAUACUUAUCAACACGAAUCUAUUUAAGCACCAUUUACGGUAUCAUUGUAUUUGUAGCGAGUAGAGUUGAUCACUGUCAAAAAAAGUAUCUAGGGCUCGGUCACAUACUGAGAAUUUAGGUAGGUUUUUUAUUUUCAUGAUUCUUUUUCAGUGCACUACUAGGCAAAAGCCCUGUGAAGAUAAGAAAUGACGUUUAAGAAUCCCCGCCCUGACUUUUGCAUAUUUAAAAUAUAAUUUUUAUUUUUAAUUUUAUUUACUCCUGUUAAACCAUACUGUGGACAAUUUAUUAAAUUAUUUGGAAUUUAUGUGUCGAUUUUUAGAGAUUGAUAUUACGGCAAAAUGUGAUAGAUUAAUUUGAUAUAUUUUCCCUAGAUUUCUUCAGAUUUUGCACUUAAAUCAUUUUCCUUUGAUUCAGCUCUUUGAAUCAAUCAAAAUUUGUUAGUAAAUUAAUUUUAUUAAAUUUUCUGUAAGCAACAAAAAAGUUACGUAUAUUGAAUCACUUUCUGUGAUAAUUGGAAUGGGAAAUAAUUGUUACCUGUGUACAAAAAGACAUCAAGUACUUUACGAAAACAAUUGUGAUUUUUUUUAAAUUGAUUUUUUUUGCUACAUUUUAGUUGUGCUGCUAAUAACUCACCAAAAGUAAAAUAUUUAUCUUAAAAAAUAAUGUAAUUAGUGAAAUCACCGAAACGGAACAGCAGUUCUGUCAAAAAGUCUAGUCUCUAUCUGUAUUAUUUCUUUUUUCUCGUAUGAAGGUAAAGCAAAACGAGUGCAUUUUGGAUAAUUUCAUAAAUCAGGACAAAAAGGAAGUAAUCCGAUGUUAUUUAAAAAGUAUAAAAAAUAGUCAAAGUAUCAGUAAUUGAUACUUUUGUUAUACUGAACAAAAUGAUUUAAAAUUAGGUUGUAAGCAGUAGGUCGUAACAAUAGACGUUAUGGAUAAGAGUAUCACGCACUAUGUAGAAGCUCAUUAAAAUAGGAGUUGUAUACUCCACUGUAUACUAUUUUUGAAAUAUCCAUGGACGUGAAUAAGCCUUAAAAAAUGUGUUGCUAUAACGGAAAAAUUUUGUAUCAAGAGAAUAUUUUCCUUGUAGGUAUUAGUUCUGCAAAUGUGAGAUUUAUAAAUUUAUAUGUAGGUAGAACAUGUAUUUUAUAUUAUGUUGAAUACAUUUUUAUAAUAAAACUUGUUGAUAUGAA